GUUUAUUUUUCAGUAAUUUGCUUAUUUGACGUUGUCAUUCAAAGGAUGACCAUUUAAUUCUAAAUUUCUUAUGCUUAUGUCAUUUUGACUUUUUGAGCGAUGUUAAUUAUUAUUCAAAAUGGCGAUCUUCAUAGAAGAUUGUGAAUUGUGAAAAUAAUUAUAUUUAUAAAUUACUACAUGUCACUAUGUCGUCUAGAGCUUUGAGGAAAUUGCAGGGACCUAAUUUGUUAGAAAUAGCUUCUGAUGAUAUAGAAGAAGAGGAUCUUUUGGUCACUUCUCAAAAUUCUGGCACAAAGAAGAAAAUCAAUGCAUUUAACGUGUUGGCAGACAGCAAUGAUGACGAAGAGGAUCAUGCUUCCUCUGAUAAAGAGCAGAUUUCUAAAGACUCUCAGCAGGAAAAUUUGGACGAAAAAGAAAAUGUGAAUGCAAGUGGAAACAAGUCUUCAAAUGAAAGCCGAAGGAAAGGAAAGAAAAAGAAGAAAAGAGGGAAAAAAUUUGAAGAAGAUGACCUUAAAAAAGAUGAAGAUGAUGAAUUUUUAUUGUUGAAUACUUCAAACUCAUCUAUUUCAACAGGGCAACCGUCAUCAUCCCUUACUGAUGCCAGUAUGUUCACAAAGCCACUUCUCAUGGUGGAACACAGAAAUCUCAAUGCAGAAAAUGAAUUAUGUCGCAAGUUUGGUACGAAAAUUGUGAAAGGAGACCGUGGACGUUCAAACCAUCGCAGGAUACACCGUUCAACUUUUUUAGUUAAACCUCGAGAUAACUGGCCUAAAGUUGGAAAGUCAGGAAUUCAAAUGAAAUUGAUGAGUUCUAAUAACGGCUCGUAUUGA